AUGUCGCGCGAGACAAAACAGUUCUGUCGAGAAUGCAAUAAUAUGCUGUAUCCUAAGGAAGAUAAGCAGGAGAAGGUAUUGUAUUUGGCUUGCCGAAAUUGUGAACAUUUUGAAGAGGCAGUUACUCCGAUGGUUUAUUCCGUACAGUAUAAGAAUGAAAGUGGGGCAAAGGGGAUAGCUGGGAUUUCGGCUAUGGAAAUAGCAAGCGACCCGACUUUGAAGCGGAUUAGGACGAAAGAAUGUACUCGGUGUGGAGGAAGAGUGCAUGCUUACUUUCAAUCGAAAGACCAUAACGAAGAUACUUCUUUGGCGGAUAACCAUGUUUGUUGUAAUUGCUUUAAGAUAGAAAGUAGUUUGGGUUAG